UCCAAAAUGGCGGCCGCAAUGGAUGUGGAUACUCCUAGUGGCACCAACAGCGGCGCCGGCAAGAAGCGCUUCGAAGUGAAAAAAUGGAACGCAGUAGCUCUGUGGGCAUGGGACAUUGUGGUUGAUAACUGUGCCAUUUGCAGAAAUCAUAUUAUGGAUCUAUGCAUAGAAUGUCAAGCAAACCAAGCAUCAGCUACUUCUGAAGAGUGCACAGUUGCAUGGGGUGUCUGCAAUCAUGCUUUUCACUUCCACUGCAUCUCUCGCUGGCUCAAGACUCGCCAAGUAUGUCCGCUGGACAACAGGGAAUGGGAGUUCCAAAAGUAUGGACACUAGAGACAUGGUCACCAUGCUUCUUGUUACAUCGUCAGCCUCAAGUCAUUCUUGUCACUAUGGGUUUGUUUUAGCAACUUGAAACAUCAGUAGUGUGUACAAUUCUUCUGUAAUCUUCAUUUCUCCCUAUUGUAUACCAUUGAAUAAAACGUG